UCGACUUCCAAUCCACCAUGUUGCGUUUGCUGCUGACUUUCGCCUUUUGCCUGAUUUUGUCUUCGAUCUCCUCCGCGGAGUAUGUGAACUUCCAGCCUUGUGAUGAUAGCGUGGACACCUGCACCAUUCACCAGGUGAAUGUGGAUCCCUGUCCGGAGGCCAAGGUCAAUGCCGCCUGCCACAUCCGUCGGCGGCACAGAUUCACGAUGAGCUUCGACUUCACGCCCCAUUUCGAUGCGGAUACCUUGGACGCCAGUUUGGGUUGGGCCAAGUCGGAGAACGUAGAACUGCCCCUGCUGACCAUGGACAGAGAGGCCUGCGCCUACACCAACUGUCCAGUGAGAUCCGGAGUUAAGCAGACCUAUACCAACAAUAUGCCAGCCGAUGCCAGGUUCCCGCUGAGCCCCUAUACCAUCCGUUGGGCCCUCAAGGAUCCGGUCUCCGGGAAACGAUGCUGCUUCACCAUCGACAUCAAGGUAGUGCGUUAAGGGGAUUUUUGGAUUUCUUUUAUUUAGUUUACAAAAUAUAU